UUGCUUGGUGUAGUAGUUAAGGUUUCUACUGGACAUACUCAUUUUCUUCUGCUGGUUCGUUUCUGCACAAAGGCUUCAUGUGGAAAUAUGAAGAUAAGAUUCAGGAGGACGUACCAUUCUUCCCGCAGCUUCCUUCUAAUCUAUGUGGAAAUGAGGAGGUGGGUGAGCCAUUCAAGGAAGAAAAGGCCGUCGCUAAAUACCUACGUUUCAACUGUCCAACCAAGUCUACCAAUAUGAUGGGUCACAGAAUUGAUUAUUUCAUUGCCUCCAAAGCUGUGGACUGCCUUUUGGAUUCUAAGUGGGCAAAAGCCAAGAAAGGAGAAGAAGCCCUGUUUACUACUCGAGAGUCUGUAGUUGAUUAUUGCAACAGACUUUUAAAGAAACAGUUUUUUCAUCGAGCUCUAAAAGUGAUGAAAAUGAAGCCAGACAAGGACAUAAAGAAAGAAAAGGAAAAAGAGAAGGGAAAGUCUGAGAGUGGAAAAGAAGAUGAGAAAAAGAGCAAAAAAGAUGGUGGAAAAGAAGAAAAGGCUAAGAAGGAGAAAGAGAAGGAAAAGAAAAAAGAUGCCGAGAAAGAAGAGGGCAAAAAGGAUGAGACUCCUGGCACACCUAAAAAGAAGGAGACAAAGAGAAAAUUUAAACUUGAGCCUCAUGAAGAUCAAGUUUUUCUGGAUGGAAAUGAGGUAUAUGUGUGGAUCUAUGACCCAGUUCAUUUUAAAACGUUUGCAAUGGGACUCAUCCUUGUGACUGCUGUUAUAGCUGCAACUCUCUUCCCACUCUGGCCUGCAGAGAUGCGAGUAGGAGUUUAUUAUUUGAGUGUAGGUGCAGGCUGUUUUGUGGCUAGCAUUCUCCUCUUGGCUGUUGCCCGUUGCAUCCUCUUCCUUAUCAUCUGGCUGAUAACUGGUGGAAGACAUCACUUCUGGUUCUUGCCAAACCUGACUGCUGAUGUUGGCUUCAUUGACUCCUUCAGGCCCCUGUAUACACAUGAGUAUAAAGGAUCAAAAGCUGAUUCAAAGAAAGAAGAGAAGUCCGAGUCCAAAAAGCAACCAAAAUCUGACAGUGAGGAGAAAUCUGAUAGUGAGAAAAAGGAAGAUGAGGACAGCAAAGCAGAUCCACUGGGAAGUUUGGGGUCAGAAGGCUCUGGAGGAGAGCGGAAUUCGGACACGGACAGUGACAGGCGGGAGGAUGACCGGUCCCAGCACAGUAGUGGCAAUGGAAAUGAUUUUGAAAUGAUCACAAAAGAGGAACUUGACCAGCAAACAGAUGAAGAGGAUUGUGAAGAAGAUGAAGAGGAGGAGGAACAAGAUACUAGGCCUUUACAUGAACAAUCUUAACUCAGCUGUAGUUUGGGACUGUAUUUUAUGCAGACAGUUGGAUUUUCUAUGUUGGCUGCUACAUCAUCUUGACAGCAUUCUUUCCUCCUUAUUUGCUGAAGUAUACAGCUUAGCCAAACAGCUUUAUAAUAUAGUUCCUAAUUUGUUUUAUAAACAGAAGAAAACCACUUAACUUGAUAAUUGGUGUAAGUAAUCUAAUCGAUACUUACAAAAGCCAUCAGUUUCGCAACUUGUCAUUCAGAUAUUUUGAUCUGCUUGUCAUCAAACAUACCGAGGAACAUAGUUCUCUUAAUAAAAUUUUGGGAGAUUGCAUGUUUUCAGUAACUAUAUGCAUUUCCACAAUAGUAAUUUAAAAUGGCAAUUGUUGAAUGACCAAGUUUCAGUUUUUUCCUAGUAGGUUAAUUUAAUGAUACAACAAAGUACUUUUCAGUUCAUUCUAUUGAUAUUAUUAUUGAUCUUCAUAAAACUGUAACACUUUUCUUACAACUUUUCAUUUAAGAAGAUAACAUUCUUUUCUUAAAAAAUACAAGUUAAUGCUGACUUGGCUAUAGGGAUUUAAGCUUCUUUUUAACUUUGUGCGACCAACUUAGGAAAUCCAGACUGUUCUGUCCAUCUGGUUCGGAGCAAAAAAGUAAUCUUCAGCAGGUGGGGAAAAAAGCAUAAUUUUGAGAUUAGCCCUUGUCUUGACCUGCCCCAUCAUACAAGAAGUGUAUUCUGUACAUAACAUACAAAUAAAGCAAACCCCUUAUUUUA